GGCUGAAAGAGACACGAAAAAGUAUUUUGUAGGCUAAUUGAAAAAUGUUUGAUUUUUAUUCUCUAAAGAUAAUAUUAAUUUUCUCUGAUUAAGAAAGAUCGUGUACGGGGAUAUCUGCAUUGACAGACUGGUAGAAUGUCUAGAAGUAGACAUGUUGGAACAUGGAGGCAAAUUUUCCAUUGGGGACCAAUGUUAGCUCUUUCAGUUAUUAUAAUAAUUGCAUGGAUGACAGUGGUGUGUGAUUUGAUGUGGUGGCCAAUAACAUCUAUAGGGGGUUGUAUAAAUCUACUGGUAUUUUUGAUAUGGGUUGGACUGACUUUCUACAAUUAUUUUAGAGCAGCAUUGUUAGGUCCAGGAUUUGUGCCUUAUGGUUAUAAACCAGAGAAUGAAUCAGAUUGUGAUAAACUACAGUAUUGUCAAGUUUGUGAAGGAUAUAAGACCCCAAGAUCACAUCAUUGUAGAAAAUGUGAAAGAUGUGUUAUGAAAAUGGAUCAUCAUUGCCCAUGGAUCAACACUUGUUGCGGUCAUUUAAAUCAUUGCAGUUUUAUUUGGUUUUUAUUUUUUGCACCAUGUGGGUGUAUUCAUGCCAUAUUUAUACUCAUUCCAUCUAUAUAUAGAGCACUUAAUUUUCAUUGGUAUUUAUAUUAUAGACGUGAGGAACCAUUAGUAGAAUUGGGUAUAGUAGGUUUUAUAUGUACUAUGUUUGCUAUUGGGUUAGCAAUAGGUGUUGUUAUAGCUGUAGGAAUGUUAUUUUAUAUACAGUUUAAAAGUGUGUGGAAGAAUGAAACGGGUAUAGAAAAUUGGAUCAUUGAAAAGGCUGAAGAUAGAUUACGAGGUGAAGAUGAAGAAGAAGAGUUUAUAUACCCCUAUAAUUUAGGUUGGAAAGAGAAUCUACGACAAGUUUUUACUUUCACUGGUCGUCCAAAAUCUGAUGGAAUAACAUGGCAGGUCGUAGAUGGUUGUGAUCAGUUUACAUUUACAAUUGAACAAAUACAUCAGAAAGCUGAAAAACGUGAAAGAACAGUAGAAUAUACAAUAAUAUCAGAUUAUGGUGGCUCAUUAUUUCCUAUAACUAAAGGUUGUAAAGUUAUGUACUGUAUACCCUGUACAGAUGAACCACGAAUACCAGUUCUAACAGGAAAUAAGGUUCUUGUAACACGCUGGAAAAAACACUGGCUUUAUGGAACAAAAUUAGAUAAUGGCAAUAAAAAGAGAAUACGUGGGUGGUUUCCAAGACGGUGUGCAAGGGAGAUAAUAGGAAAUGACAUAUCAGAAAGUGAUAAGAAAGAUGAUUAAUGUAUGCAUGUAGUUUACUGUAAAUCAAGAAAUUAAUGUGUCAUGAAAUUAAUACAAAUUGAAUGGAAGGUGGCCCGUUAAUAUAGCCAUUGUUGGCAGAAAGCUUUUCUUUCAAUCUUUAACAGAAGUAGAUAAAUUUAAUUUGACAUUGUCACAGAUGAGAAAUUUGUACUAAGAUAACUGUAAAUGACGAUAGAACAUACCUUUUUUGCGGGGUAUAUCUAUAAGUCAAACCUUUUUCCUGCCGAAGUCUAGACUUACCUUAUAUUCCACAUUAACUUACAUAAGGAUGAUGGUAGCUUGUUUUAUAAAUUCAACUUUGUACAGGACCAGGAUGUUGUCAAUGAGUACUUUCUAUUUUUGUAAUAUUGAUGUGAUAGUGGCAUUGCCAUAUUAUUGCCAUAUACAAGAUAAAGACAAUAUGUUUAUUGUCUCAUAUUUAUCAGGCAUUUUGAAAUAAAAACUGGUUCAAAUACACCCUUUGAAUAUUACUCACGUUAGCCUUUUUAAAACAUCUUAUUAUUUUACAUCAUGAGCCAUUUAUAAUUAUAUUUAUGUAUAUCAGUAGUCAGUACCAUUAUAGACUACAAUAUGCCCUGCCACUUUAUACAAGAUUGGAAUGACAUUGAAAAGCAUUUGUCGUGUACACUGCUUUAAUUUAUGUAUGGAUAAAUUGUAAACUACCAUGUUUGGACUUAUUAUUAUACCCUGUAUAAUAUGGUAUUUAGCACAUUAAUUUCUUGUUUUACAAUAUUUUAUACAAUUAUAGAUAAAUUCUACUUUUCUAUAGUUUUUAUGUUGAAUUUUGUUAUGAUAAAUUAUUUAUAUGUAUAUGAUAUAGUCUAUAUUUUUUAUGAAGUACAUCACGACCAAGCUUUUGUCCAUUGUCCAUACUGGUAUAUAUAUAUAUAGUUUUAUAUGUUACACAAUGCAAUGUACAUAAACAUCUAUGAAGAAAAUGUUUGAGAAAUUAAACUUAUUAAACAUGCAUUAUGCAAGAGUGAUUUUAAAGGUUUUCUUGGCUUAUGAGUGAAACAAGUUGACUGAAAUUUUCAGCAUAUUCCCUUUACAUUAUUUAGUUUUUAACUAUUAUAGUGAGAACUGCAAUCUCUUUAUCUAAUCUUCCAUAAUGUAUCUUUAAACUACAUGUAUGUUCUAUUUAUUUAAAAUAUUUUUUUUAUUAUUAUUUUGGCUUAUUUCUUAAUGAUGCAUUGCAUUGUAUAAGAUUAAGAUAAAGAGCUGACAAUUCUCGCUAUAUAUAGAUAAUGAAAAAGGAAUAUAUUGAAAAUUGCAGUCAAAUUAAUUUAUUCUGUGCGAAGUUAUUUCGUCUUGAUUUUCAUUUCUACCAUUGUUUCCAUAAUAAAAAAGUGUCAAUUAUCCAUUUUGAAAUAAAAUUAUUAAAUGGCGAUGGUGUUUAAAUCCAUUUAAAAUCAUGACCAUCCUAUGGUGUAGAGAAUUGAUUAUGGUCUGGUCAUGUGAAUAAUUUUUCAUUUUUCUCAGUAGCACCAUUACCAGGUAUUUUAAAACCAAUUUAUUUGGAGGAUUUCUAUAUUAUAAUUUAGAACCUGUUCAAAUUUUGGAAACAAAUUAUUAUAAUUAAAUUUGGUUAACUGUUAGUAACAAACAUUGGAUUAUGUGAUAAUUAAACAUAAUCAAGUGGGUUGAAAGUGUGUGAAAGCUUCCCUCUAUAUAUUUCUAUGCACCUGUAAUGUACUCGCACUGUAUAGAUGAAUUUUAAGCUGGGACCUCUUGUGUACAACAGAACAUAUCCAUUUCUUUUUAAAGAUGCAUCAUGUAAGAUAAAAAGCUUGCUAGAUAAUGAAAAGAGAAUAUCUUCAAAAUUUCAGUCACAUUACUUCAUUCUGAGUGAUGUUAGGGCUGUUUGGAGAAUAGUGGAGUCUUGAUUUUCAUUGUUUCCCUUGUUACGAUUGUAAACAAAGUCUUGACUAUCCAUUUUUUAAUUAAAUCAUUAAACGUCAAUCAUGAUUAAAUCUGUUGUUUGUAAAUCUAGAGCAUCCGAUGGCCUCAAGAGUUGAUUAUGGUCUUGGCAAGUUAAAUAAUGUCUAAUUAAUAAUUUAUAUAACAUUUAAGGCCUAAAGAGGGACCUGCUCUUGCAUACUGCAUCUUGAAAAUUGGAUAUGUUCAAACUUGUAAUGUAAAAAUGUCUUUUGGGAUAAAAUAACUUUGGGAACUAGA